AUGGUAAACCAGAAUUCUUGGAUGAGUGAAAUCUCAGACGAUGUCUGCUUAAGUUCUCUCUCUAUUCCAGGAACUCAUAAUUCAGGUGCUUGUUACAAGACCUUACCCUCUGUUAGAUGCCAGAAUGAACCAGUCUACAAUCAAUUGGUGAAUGGAGUACGGUUCCUUGAUAUUCGCGUGGGAAAACAUCACCUCAAAUCCAGAGAUGACGAUGCCGAAUUGACCGUUGUUCACGGUAAGUUUCCUGUUCGUAUUCCAAUUGCUCGGAAAUUUAUAAAGGUUUUGACGGAGAUAUAUGAUUUUUUGGGCGAAAACCCUUCAGAAGCCGUUCUUUUGUCAUUGAAGGUUGAGGGUGUUGGUGACUGGGAUACUCAGAACGACGAGUUUGCUCAGUUACUUUGGAAUAGGUACAUUCAGCCGAACGAGCACAAGUGGCAUUUUAAUUCUGAAUUGCCCAGACUUGGCGAUGCCCGCGGUAGAAUUGUUUUGAUGAGACGAUUUAAAUUAACAGAUCAGACUCUCAUUCCUAGAUUCGGGUUUGACGCAUCAUAUUGGUCUUACAAUACCAUUGAGGACGACAGAGGACUCUUCGUGGUCCAGGACAAAUGCGAGUUGCGCAACAAAGAGGAAAUUGAACAAAAAGUUGGCUUUGUCAAAAACUUGAUGCAGAAGGCUGUGGAUCAUAACUCCAGCCAGGACGCUAAUAAGUUGUUUCUCAACUUUACCUCAGGAACAAAUCUCAUUAACAAAGACUGCUGGCCAGAUAGGGUUGCGAGAGCGGUAGCAAAUACUGAUAUUUCAUCAUUUUUCAAAAAGGGAUGUGGUGUUGUGAUUUUGGACUUUAUCGAUCUUGAUAAUUGGGGGUUGGCCAGAUCUCUUGUGGACUCUAACUUCCAAAAUUAA